AUGAAACGAGGAACAACACCAUAUAUACAAAUAUUAAAUUUUAUUACAUUAGUUUUUUUUUAUGCAAAUGAACAAAUAGAUGGUUCAAUAUGGAAAUCAAUUAUUGGUGAAAAUCAAACUCCUGAACAACAAACAAGAGAAAUUUUACAUAACGGUGAUGAUCAAAAUGCUUCUAUACAAAAUGAGCCAAGUUCAGCUGCUAAUUAA